AGUACCCAUCGAGAUACCCAUCGAGAACAAACACGUCACACCUGUCUGGCCGUCCCGGCCUUUGAAAGUUUGAAAUUCUGGAAAUCAACAUUUGAUGUUCACGCAGAGGUAAAGCAAACACGAUGGCAUCAAGAGUCAAGCAGCACCUCUUCACAGUGCAGCCUCAGUACAUACAACGUGAUGACAAUCGAUUCACGUCAUCCAGUCCAAGGCCUGAGGCAGAGGGAAAGGAGAUGGAUCUUGGAGCCGGGACAGUAGAGGGCGCUAGACCUGAAGGAUACAGACGACCUGGAGCUAAGCCCGCUUUCUUUGAUGGCAAGAACAGAAAUUCAACCGAUCUUGCCUUCCGUCAGCGACAGAAUCAGAAGGAUGUCCAGUUUGAAUCAAGUCCAAGGAAGGAAAAUAAAUCCCCAGUGAAUGUCCCAUCAGGAGAAGGUCUCCUUCGAGAGCUGUACUCAGAGCAACGAGAACAGCUGAAGAAAGCUGAAUCAGAGAAAGCAGAGACACAAAAGGAGAGGGAUGCGUUUGAAAUGAAAUGUAUGGAACUUGAGGCUGAACUCACUGCACAGAUUCAGGUAAACAAGGAGCUAAAGAAGCUCCUGGUAGCCUCCAUGGGAGCCGACCUUCACAGCCAGCUGGAGACCCUGGCCCGAGACCGUGCCCAGCUAGCCCAGGAGAUAGAAAAUACCAUGGCAACCCUUCUAAAAGAACGAGAGACCCUAGAAAGGGUUAACAUCCAGUGUGAUGUCUGGAGGAGCAAAUUUCUAGGAAGCAGAUUACAAGUUGAUGAGUUGAUCACAUCUAGAACACAUCUCGAUAUGUUACAACAAGAAUCCUUUAACGCAAUCCAAAGACUUCUGGAUGAGAGAGCAGAGAUCAGACGGCAUAUGAUGAAAACAAACCGGUUAUUACAAUAUCUAUCAAGUGCCUUACAACGGAAUCAAAGUAUCGACAAAGACUCUUGUAAAACUUUGAGUAAUGUCAUGACCCUUGCCUUAGUCAAUGAACAGCUCUCUUCGACAAUCUCUAAAGUACUUCUUGGCGAUGUCAAAGGUCACCAACAGGGGUCUGGAGGUCUCAAAGGAUUUGAGUUUGUGGAUUGGACGGAGGCAGAGCUGUUAGCCAAGGAUAUUGUCUUAAACAAGCAGCCCAGCAUCAAACUAGAACAGAUAUCCCAGCAGGCCAUUCUUGAAGGUCCGGUGCCAAAGGUCAACAUGACACAUCGCUACCAUCCCCAUACCCGCUAUGAGAACAUUACUAUCAACUGCUGUGAACGAUGUAAGGGCGAUAUCAAAGUUGUAUGACACUGAUGAUGGUGGUCAAUAGUUAUCUGUAAUGACCUACAGCUGGUGCUCAACAUUAUUGGGAGAACAUUACUAUCAACUGCUGUGAAUGAUGUAAGGGCAAUAUCAAAGUUUUAUGACACUUACGA